AUGAAUGAGGAACUCGAGAAACAGCAUGAGCAUAUGAUCCAUGUUGCUGACAUGAUAUUUCAUCUUUGUGAGCUUUAUAGAGAAGGCACACACAACAUGCAUUAUAGCGCUGUGAGUGAGCUUUUGAGAACCAAGAUGGUCAAGAGAGUACCAAUUCACCAACAUGAACUGAAGAUGAUUGGACUCAUUGAGCAGCUGGAAAGUCUUGACAGUUCAUUGGACUAUAAUUUGGCCACUCACAUCUUCCUUGCGUCCUUUUUUGAUUCAUUCUCCCAGUUUGUUAUGAACUAUAAUGUGGGGAAGAUGGAGCACACUCUUUCAGAGCUUUUGAAUAUGUGUGUGACUGCUGAAAAGACCUUCAAGAAGAAAGAAGGGAAUGGGACAGUAGCUGUAUUUGAGAAGGGAUCAACUUCUUCUACUAAGCCUAAUUAG